UCGAAGUUUAUUGAGUAAAGAGAAAAUAAAAAGAACUGAGCUUCAUUCUGUCUUUGAGUCCUUUCAGUAUAUUUCAAUUAUACCAAAAAUUUGUAAGGGUGUAUAAAAGUUGAAACUUCUAAGCUUUCUGCUUAAUGGGUAUCAAUCAAAUCAUCAAAGAAUUCAUAAACAAAUGAUUGAGCAAAGAUAUUAUCUUUUUCAAAUUCAGAUUAUUCUUUUCUCGUUUUCAGUAAUAUUCUGGUGAGUUGUUGCUCGGGGCUUUGCUUUAAUUUUUGGCCACUGACCACAAGCAUAGAUUCUCUCUAUGUUGCUAAUCUCUAUUAAGGGAUGGAUGAUGGUGCUCUGCUCUGCUUGGAUUCUCUCUAUUGAAAAGAUUUUUUGCUUUUGUCAUUGUCUUUACCCCUUCCUUUUCAAGGAUGCCUCUCUCUCCCUCCUUUUUGAGUUUUCUAGGCAAUUUUAGGCUCAAUGAGUAGCCUGUUGCACACAAUAUUCACCUGUUUUAUUCCAUUUCCACAUUGCCCCUCUGGUUAUAAAUAGACAAUACCCUUCUGUGUUUUCUUCAUUGUAUCACCUCUUCUCAUUCCUUGCCAUACAGUUGCCUGUUUAGUGCAGUUUCUUAACUGGGAAAACAAAACAUGAGCUACUCUCAUCGUACUGUCGGCUCUGGUAGUCGAACUGCUAGAAGGACAUUUGACUUUGGAAGGACACAUGUGGUUCGACCAAAAGGAAAACACCAGGCAACCAUAGUCUGGCUUCAUGGCCUCGGUGACAAUGGCUCAAGCUGGUCCCAGCUCUUGGAAAGUCUUCCUCUGCCAAAUAUAAAAUGGAUUUGCCCAACUGCUCCUACUCGUCCUGUGGCUAUACUUGGAGGAUUUCCUUGCACUGCAUGGUUUGAUGUUGGUGAGCUUUCAGAAGAUGGUCCAGAUGAUUGGGAGGGCUUAGAUGCUUCAGCGGCACAUAUUGCAAACUUGUUGUCAGCUGAGCCAUCUGAUGUUAAGGUGGGUAUUGGAGGCUUUAGCAUGGGUGCUGCAAUGGCCCUCUACUCUGCGACUGCAUGUGCUUUGGGAAGGUAUGGAAAUGGAAACCCAUACUCCACCAACCUAAGGGCAGUUAUUGGAUUAAGUGGAUGGCUUCCAGGUUCAAGGGGCUUAAAGAACAAAAUCGAAGUAUCACAUGAAACUGUGAGGCGUGCUGCAUCCUUGCCAAUUUUGCUUAGCCAUGGAACUUGUGAUGACGUUGUCCCCUACAAAUAUGGAGAAAAAUCUGCCCAUUCCUUGAGUACAGCAGGAUUUCAGAACCUCACUUUUAAAACCUAUGAAGGGAUUGGUCAUUACACAGUCCCUAAAGAGAUGGAUGAGAUCUGCAAUUGGCUUACAUCAAGGCUGGGACUUGAGGGGUCCCGCUAAAUGUAGCACAGGAUCAGUUUUUACUUUGAGCCAGUGGAGGAAAAAGAACAGGGAAACAAUAAUGGCAGAAAAGGAGAGAAAACUGCAUAUGUACAAGUAGGUAGUAAACAAAACGGGUUGUUGGGUAUAUGGUAUAGUUGAAUUAGCCCUCAAAAUAAAGUUUCGGAUGUGUUUUUCAUUUUGAAUGUAGGAUGUGGAUCGUAAUAGCCUAGUUUAUUGUACUUUCAAAGCAUUUUGGUAUUAGUUAAUAUGAUGUUUGAAUUAGUGGCAUUUGGCUUCUAUCUUCAUUUGUUUUCCUUUGUAGCCUAUCAGCAUCCAUUCAAGCUUUGUCUAGUAAUUAUGAAUCAGUUUAAGGUGUUGUUGAUGUCCAGUAAUUUAUAAGAGGUGAAGGUUUCUACAUGUUUUUCAGACCAAUGAGACAAUUGGAACUGAGUUGCAAGACAUGACAGACCAUAAGAAGAGCAUCUGCUUGAUCUACACAUCCCAAUUGAUUUUUCCGAUGGACUCUUCCGAUCAAAAGUUGAUGAAUAAUAGAGGAGAAAGAAGGCGUUUACUUGAUAAAUUUUGCUAAGAAAGUGAGUAGAUGCCUAUAUACAGAAAAGAAAAAAAAAAAAAAGCAGCCAUCAAUAUAAAGUAGCCGCAUGUUAUUACCAUGUCUAUUAAAGAGGAACCAUAAGAAGUAAAGGAAACAUUCUGACCACCAAAAAUAAUGGAUUAGAGUAAAAUCCAUUCACAGGACUACAAGACUUUGAUGGAUCUAGUGCUGCAAACCUAUUUGAAAUCUAUGAAUCUUUUUACAGUUAGUAACUACAUGCAUUAUUUCAUCAAAUAAUUGCAACACUAAAGAACUUGACUAACACUUCUAGAAAAGGCCAAGAACUAUCACCUCUGUCAGCAUUGAAACUCGUAGCGCUCUUUGCAAUAUAAAGGGCUAUGCUCAGCUACAUAUUUAAGCAGUUUCUUGGCAUGUCACUGACAAAAGCAGUAAAAUCUUGAUCGGGUACUUAGCUUUCUGUGAGAAGCCUAUAUCUACCAAUUACUUGCAAAGUCCAUCAAAAUAACAAAAUGAUGAGUUAACCCUACUCUAUGCAUUCCAUUCACUAGUCAUGACUGCUACCUUGAUGAUCAUUUUUAGUUUGAUUCAUACGGUCUUCAGAGUUACAGGAUGGUGUAAGAAGUGGGAAAGAAGGCACAGCCUGCAAAAUACCACUUUGUGGACUAAGCUGUGAAGGAGACACACGUUUAUGAUUUGGUGAGCCAGAUUUCACUGUGUUGGUGGGGUUGGAAUUUUCCGUGAGGAUGUCUGGUGAAGCAUCUUCCAUUAUGUCACAGAGCGCACUACUAGAACCCAAUUCAUGUGACACCUUGCUUGCAAAUGCUUGUGCAGGAGUCAAGGCAGAAGAGAACCAAUUGGAGUAACCAGGUGACAACUGGAGGUCACUUCCUUUCUGUGUUGAGCCUGUGAGACAUUUUGGAAGUCCCCCAUAUUGGUGAUGUCAAAAAAGGUACUGUGACAACAGACAAAUGGUUUAUUGGUGAGAACUGAUUUGCUGUCCCACCCUUGAUUCCAUCGGACAUAACCUCCGCCGUAUUCAGCUUCUCAUGAGAGUUUCAUUUUUUCACUCUCUGAAGUAUUGAUUCUGUAGCUCCAGCAUGGUAGAGUAAGUUAAUAAUUAAAAAAAAGGGCAUAUAAUACAUGUAUGCAAGCAUGAUGAUGACACUACCGGUGUCAGCUCCUCACAUAUUUGACAUCAAUUGGACAAUAUCCGGUAUAAUUCCGUCAGAAAGAACUUUUGCACAUUUUUUUAGUGUGCCAAAAAAUCACAACUGAUUCAACAAUCGAAUCAGGGAAAUAAGUACUUAAGGUUCAGUGUCUUGAAGGAGACACCCCAAAAGCCUAUCUGAAAGAGCUCGAGGGCAUUCAUUUUCUCCAUCUCAAUACACAAUGAUUCAGACACAAUUUUAAGCUGCUGGGUGCUCAUCAACCAGCAGGGGUUAAUGAAAAUUACUUCAUAGCCUGAAUGCAAGCUUUGAUUGAAAAAAAUAACAAACGAUGUAGACAUUAUAUUAGAAGUAACCUGACUUCUUUCCAAAAGAAUUGUCACAAUCCACACAGCCGCAUCCAUCAGAGCAUCCAACUUCGGCCUAAAAUAAAGGAGCAUACUUGUGCAGUCAGAAUGAUAAGAGGUAAGCGACUUCCUACCCUGUAUCAUCUUAACAAAGUUAAACUCCAACUUUCAUCAGAAGAGAAAAGGAACAAGAUGACAGCCAUUUAAAUUUUAGUUCUUAAAGCUCCACGCUGCACCAGCUUAGAUAUGAAAUUAUGAUUAAAGCAGCCAGAAAGAGCGAGAUAGUUGUCAAAUGAAAGGAAAAAGAAGAAAGAA